AUGGCGCUGUUUUCUGCAGCGGCAAAAGGAGACGUCCAGAAGAUACAAUCAUUAAUCGACUCAGAAGACAAGUCCGAGGAUUCGAGAGGAGUUGAUGUAAACUGCUCGGAUGCAUCUGGCAAGACACCCCUUCACAUUGCUUCGGCAAACGGACAUUUGCAAACGGUUAAAUGCCUAACCAAUCAUGGAGCAAAGGUGAAUGUAAUCGAUGCUAACCUACAGACAUCGGUUCACUUAUGUUCAAAGAAAGGCCAUCUUCAUGUGGUAGAGCUGUUAGUGAACGAAGGAGCAGAUAUUAAAAUUGGCGACAAAGAUGGGUUUACAGCUCUUCACAUAGCAUCAUUCGAGGGUCAUGUUGACAUUGUCAAAUACCUUGUUAGUAAAGGGGCAGAGCUGGAGAGACUUGCUAAUGAUUAUUGGACACCUCUACACCUUGCAUUAAACGGUGGCCAUCUUGACAUUGCAGAGCACCUUUUGACAGAAGGAGCCAACAUUAACACGUGUGGUAAAGGUGGAUGUACAGCUCUACAUGCUGCAUCACAAACUGGUAAUAUUGAUGGAGUGAAAUAUCUAACUAGUCAAGGAGCAGAGCAAAAUAAGAUCACUGAGGAUGGUUGGACCGCGCUGAGUCUGGCUUCAUUUAGGGGACACCUUGACAUUGUCAAAGUUCUCGUUAACGAAGGGGUAGAGGUUGACAAAGCACUCAGGAACGGGAUGACACCCUUGUUUCUGGCAACAAAAAAAGGCCAUUUGGGUAUUGUCGAAGUCUUACUGAACGUAGGAGCAAAUAUUGAUAACUGUAAUCGAAACGGGCAAACAGCACUCCACAUCGCAUCGUCCAAUGGACACGUUGAAAUAGUUCAUCAUCUUGUUAGCAAAGGGGCACAGCCUGAAAAAUGUGACAACACCAACAUGACACCCUUGUCUUGUGCUUCUCAAAAAGGCCAUCUUGAAGUCGUCGAGUGUAUCGUUAACAAAGGAGCAGGCAUUGAUAUCGUUGAUAAAAAUGGAUUAACUGCUCUUCACAUAGCAUCAUUCAAGGUCGUCGAGUAUAUCUUGUACAAAGGAGCAGGCAUUGGCAUUGGUGAUAAAGCUCUUCACAUAGCAUCACUCGAGGGUCAUCUUGAUAUUGUCAAAUACCUUGUUAGUAAAGGGGCAGAGCUGGAGAGACUUGAUAAUGAUUACUGGACACCUUUACACCUUGCUUUAGACGGUGGCCAUCUUGACAUUGCAGAGUACCUUUUGACAGAAGGAGCCAACAUUAACACGUGUGGUAAAGGUGGAUAUACAGCUCUUCAUUCUGCAUCAAAAGCUGGUAAUAUUGAUAGAGUAAAAUAUCUAACCAGUCAAAGAGCAGAGCUGGAUAAAAGCACUGACGAUGGAUGGACCGCACUUAGUUUGGCUUCAUUUUGGGGACACCUUGAUAUUGUCAAAGUUCUUGUUAACGGAGGGGUAGAGAUUGACAAUGAACCUAGGAACGGGAUGACACCCUUGUUUCUCGCAGCAGAAAGAGGCCAUUUGGGUAUUGUCGAGGUCUUACUGAACGUAGGAGCAAAUAUUGAUAACUGUAAUCGAGACGGGUUAACAGCACUCCACAUUGCAUCGUCCAAUGGACACGUUGAAAUAGUUCAUCAUCUUGUUAGCAAAGGGGCACAGCUUGACAAAUGUGACAAAACUGACAAGACGCCCUUGUAUUGUGCUUCUCGAGAAGGCCAUCUUGAAGUCGUCGAGUAUAUCGUGAACAAAGACGCCGGCAUUGAAAUUGGCGACAAAGAUGGGUUUACGGCUCUUCACAGAGCAUCAUUGGAGGGCCAUCUUGAAGUCGUCGUGUAUAUCGUGAACAAAGGAGCAAGCAUUGGAAUCGGUGAUAAAGAUGGGUUUACAGUUCUUCACAUAGCAUCACUCAAUGGUCAUCUUGAUAUUGUCAAAUACCUCGUUAGUAAGGGUGCAGACCCGGGGAAACUUACUGAUGAUUACUGGACACCUUCAGGCCUUGCUCUUAAUGGCGGCCAUCUGGUCCACGAGACAGCUCUCGAUCCUCGAGGAAGAGCAGCACAGAAGAGACAAUGA